AUGAGGGGGUCGUGGUGGAAUCGGGUGACGGUGGAAUCGGGUGACGGGGUGGCGGUGGAAUCGGGUGAGGGGGUCGCGGUGGAAUCGGGUGACGGGGUCGCGGUGGAAUCGGGUGAGGGGGUCGCUGUGGAAUCGGAUGAGGGGGUCGCUGUGGAAUCGGGUGAGGGGGUCGCUGUGGAAUCGGAAUCGGGUGACGGGGUCGCGGUGGAAUCGGGUGACGGGGUCGCGGUGGAAUCAGGUGACGGGGGUGCGGUAGAAUCGGGUGACGGGGUCGCGGUGGAAUCGGGUGACGGGGUCGCGGUGGAAUCGGGUGAGGGGGUCGCGGUGGAAUCGGGUGAGGGGGUCGCAGUGGAAUCGGGUGACGGGGUGGCGGUGGAAUCGGGUGAGGGGGUCGCGGUGGAAUCGGGUGACGGGGUGGCGGUGGAAUCGGGUGAGGGGGUCGCGGUGGAAUCGGGUGACGGGGUGGCGGUGGAAUCAGGUGACGGGGUCGCGGUAGAAUCGGGUGAAGGGGUCGCGGUGGAAUCGGGUGACGGGGUCGCAGUGGAAUCGGGUGAAGGGGUCGUGGUGAAAUCGGGUGACGGGGUCGCGGUGGAAUCGGGUGACAGGGUCGCGGUGGAAUCGAGUGACAGGGUCGCGGUGGAAUCGGGUGACGGGGUGGCGGUGGAAUCGGGUGACGGGGUCGCAGUGGAAUCGAGUGACAGGGUCGCGGUGGAAUCGAGUGACAGGGUCGCGGUGGAAUCGAGUGACGGGGUCGCAGUGGAAUCGAGUGACAGGGUCGCGGUGGAAUCGAGUGACAGGGUCGCGGUGGAAUCGGGUGACGGGGUGGCGGUGGAAUCGGGUGACGGGGUCGCGGUGGAAUCGGGUGAGGGGGUCGCAGUGGAAUCGGGUGACGGGGUGACGGUGGAAUCGGGUGAAGGGGUCGUGGUGGAAUCGGGUGACGGGGUCGCGGUGGAAUCGGGUGACGGGGUCGCGGUGGAAUCGGGUGAGGGGGUCGCAGUGGAAUCGGGUGACGGGGUGACGGUGGAUUUGGGUGACGGGGUCGCGGUGGAAUCGGGUGACGGAGUCAUGGUGGAAUCGGGUGAGGGGGUCGCGGUGGAAUCGAGUGACAGGGUCGCGGUGGAAUCGAGUGACAGGGUCGCGGUGGAAUCGGGUGACGGGGUGGCGGUGGAAUCGGGUGACGGGGUCGCAGUGGAAUCGAGUGACAGGGUCGCGGUGGAAUCGAGUGACAGGGUCGCGGUGGAAUCGAGUGACGGGGUCGCAGUGGAAUCGAGUGACAGGGUCGCGGUGGAAUCGAGUGACGGGGUCGCAGUGGAAUCGAGUGACAGGGUCGCGGUGGAAUCGAGUGACGGGGUCGCGGUGGAAUCGGGUGACGGGGGUCGCGGUGGAAUCGGGUGA